UCCAACGUUGUGUCCACUGCUGCGCCUCUAACGUUACAGCGUUGCUUUAAAAUAAUUUCGUAACAUCUGGUUGUGAGCCAAAACACGUUUUCUAUGUAGUCAACGGCCGCCCGGACCAGCUGUCUAUCCCGGUUUGAGACCAGAAAAUAUGGACUGGAGAGUGAGCAGUCGGGCCCUGUUGUGGUGCAUUUUGGCGUUGCUUUGCUGCGCUGGUUUCCCACAAAAGGGUUUUUGCAGCGCCAGCACAGUUUCCCUUCCUGAAAGCCUGCUUUUUGUGUCCACCCUGGAUGGAAACCUGCACGCUGUUAGCAAGAAGUCAGGCUCUAUUAAAUGGACUCUGAAAGAAGAUCCAGUUCUUCAGGUCCCCACACAUGUGGCAGAACCAGCGUUUCUGCCUGACCCCAAUGAUGGCAGCCUGUACUCUCUGGGAGGAAAGAACAACGAAGGCCUCACAAAAUUACCGUUCACUAUCCCUGAGUUGGUCCAAGUCCCCUGCCGCAGCUCUGACGGAGUCCUUUACAUGGGUAAGAAGCAGGACUUGUGGUAUGUGGUGGACCUGUUAACUGGUGAGAAACAGCAGACUCUGACGUCCUCCUUUGCUGAGAUGCUGUGUCCCUCGUCAUCUCUUCUCUAUCUGGGACGCACAGAAUACACCAUCACCAUGUAUGACACCAAGAGCAGAGAGCUACGCUGGAACGCAACCUAUUCUGACUACGCCUCCACCCUUCCUGAUGAUGACACCAAAUACAAGAUGGCUCAUUUUGUUUCCAACGGUGACGGCCUCGUUGUGACCGUGGACAGCGAAUCAGGAGACGUUCAGUGGGUGCAGAACUACAACUCUCCGGUGGUGGCCAUGUAUAUCUGGCAGCGCGAGGGCCUCCGCAAAGUUCCACACACUAAUGUGGCCGUGGAAACCCUGCGUUACCUCACUUUCAUGUCAGGGGAAGUCGGCCGCAUCACUCAGUGGAAAUACCCAUUUCCUAAAGAGAAUAAGCCCAAGAACAAGUUCAUGGCCACUUUGUAUGUUGGUAAAUACUCCACCAGCCUAUACGCUUCUCCCUCCCUGGUGCAUGAUGGAGUCACUGUGGUGCCUCGUGGCAGCACUUUCCCCAUGCUGGAGGGUCCUAACAGCCAGGAGACUGAAGAGGACAAGGAGUGUGUCAUCACUCCCAGCACCAGCGUCAAGUUCAACGCCGCGCUCCGGGAGCGAAACCGUAUUAACUUCAUGAGGAACUACCUUCUUCUCAUAGGUCAUCAUGAGACGCCCCCUGACGCUCACACUAAGAUCCUGGAGAAGUUCCCUGACAGUUUCCCACGCAAUCAAGGCAACGUCAUCCCACCUACUACUGACAAGAAAGUUGAAGAGAAGGUCAAUGAUAGCGGCAUGGAUGAUGGGCCCCCCUCUCCUCUGCCUGAAACAUCCAUCCAAGAACCUGGGAUCAGCGGUCGCACUGUGCGUCCAGAGGCCCCGGUGGACUCUAUGCUCAAAGACAUGGCCACCAUCAUCUUCUCCACUUUCCUCCUGGCUGGCUGGGUGGCCUUUGUGAUUACCUACCCCAAAAGUGUCCACAAGCAGCAGCAGCUGCAGCACCAGGAGUUCCAGAGACAGAUGGAGGAAAGGUUGGAGCUGCUCCAGAGACAGCAGCCAUUCCCGCCUGCAGACAUUGGCCUCGGCUUGGCCCCAGACAGCGACUAUCUGGAGGUGGCCCGCAUUCGCUCCGAGUGCUCAGACCACAGCAGCCCCAAUGUCACCCCCCGUGCCUCCAACCACUCCAACCUGUCUGUGUCUGAGCUGGGAAGCUCUGCCAAUGAGCAUGAAGAUGGAGACGAGGACUCCAACAUAGUUAGAGUGGGAAACAUAACUUUCCGUCCCAAAGAGGUCUUGGGUCAUGGUGCUGAGGGCACCAUUGUCUACAAGGGUCAGUUUGACAACAGGGCAGUGGCAGUGAAGAGAAUUCUCCCAGAAUGCUUCAGCUUUGCAGAUCGGGAAGUCCAGCUGCUGAGGGAGUCAGACGAGCACCCAAAUGUCAUCCGCUACUUCUGCACCGAGAGGGACCGACAGUUCCAGUACAUCGCCAUUGAGCUGUGUGCUGCCUCACUUCAGGAGUAUGUGGAAAGGAAGGAUUUCAACCGUCAUGGACUCGAGCCAGUGAUGCUCCUUCAGCAGACCAUGUCAGGACUGGCUCAUCUGCACUCUCUCAACAUAGUCCACAGAGACCUGAAACCCCACAACAUCCUGGUGUCCAUGCCCAAUGCCCACGGUCGGGUCCGGGCCAUGAUCUCAGACUUCGGCUUGUGUAAGAAGCUGGCGGUUGGCCGCCACAGUUUUAGUAGAAGGUCUGGGGUGCCGGGCACUGAGGGCUGGAUCGCCCCCGAGGUUCUCAGCGAGGACUGCAAAGACAACCCGACCUGCGCUGUUGACAUCUUCUCUGCUGGUUGUGUGUUCUACUACGUCGUGUCUCAGGGAAGCCACCCUUUUGGCAAGUCUCUGCAGAGGCAAGCAAACAUCCUGCUGGGCACAUACAGCCUGGACUAUCUGCAAACUGACAAACAUGAGGACAUUGUAGCCAGAGACCUAAUAGAGCAGAUGUUGAGCAUGGAGCCACACAGGAGGCCUUCUGCAGAGAGUGUUCUCAAACACCCUUUCUUCUGGAGCCUGGAGAAGGAGCUGCAGUUCUUCCAGGAUGUGAGCGACAGAAUAGAAAAGGAGCCGCUGGACGGACCAAUCGUGAGACAGCUGGAGAGAGGAGGGAGGGCUGUCGUCAAGGGUGACUGGAGGGAGCAUAUCACAGUGCCACUGCAGACAGAUUUGAGAAAAUUUCGCUCCUAUAAGGGUGGGUCAGUCAGAGACCUGCUGCGUGCAAUGAGGAACAAGUCAUGA